AUGUCUCAAGAGAUUAUUGAAACAGUACAACAAUAUUUGACACUAAAUGUACCGAUUACUUUAGUUUCACAAGGUGCAGAAGCUGUGGUAUUUUCUACAAAUGUACACCCAUAUUUACCUAAAAAUUCAACUUUGCCUGCUGAUGACACCACUAAAUACAUCAUUAAAUACAGACCUUCAAAGAAAUACAGACAUCCUAUAAUAGAUCAGCAGUUAACAAAAAAACGUACUUUGGGUGAGGCACGUCUUUUGUCAAAACUAUAUCAGAUCGAUGGGUUGAAAGUACCAAGAUUAAUUGCGUGCGAUCCCUAUAAUGGCUGUUUGUGGUUAGAAUUCCUAGGAUCUGAUUUGCCGGAUGGAUAUGGUUUUAGUAAUUUAAAACAUUUUCUUUGGUGGAACAAUAAAAAUCCAUACAAUAACGUUGUUAAAGAAUUACUUUUAAAGGUUGGGCAACAAAUUGGCCUUUUACAUUGGAAUGAUUAUGUUCACGGUGAUUUGACUAGUUCAAAUAUUGUGCUUGUAAGGGAUCUUAAGGAUACAAAUAGUUGGAUACCACAUUUAAUUGAUUUUGGUCUUGGGUCAAUGUCUAAUAUGGUAGAAGAUAAGGGUGUGGAUCUAUAUGUCCUAGAAAGGGCCAUUAUAAGCACCCAUUCAUCUUACUCAGAUAAAUAUAUGGAAUGGAUUAUGCAAGGUUUUAGCCAAGUAUAUGAACAACACGGUACUACUGGACAAAAGAAGCUAAAGGAAUUAAUUAAAAGAUUCCAUCAAGUUAGAAUGCGUGGUAGAAAAAGAUCCAUGAUAGGUUAA